AGACGAUCUUUGCUGAAAGGUGGUUGCCGAAGUUGUCAGAAGCAGGCGAGAGUGCACGAGAACGGGAACUGUUGUGGAUUACCCACCCCACACAUACCGAGCAGGGAAGGACGGGAUUGUCCGAGAAACUUUUUAAAAAAAAAUAAGAAAAAGACAACCGUUCAGUUGGACACGGUUGGCAGCUCCAAGGGGAAAAGUUUCCCGGGAUUUAAGUUCACAGAGGAGCGCCGGAGUUUGCCGUCCUUUCCCGGAGGACUCACAAGCGGAGACACGUUCAGGUCUGCUGCUGAGCCAUGCUAGCAAAUAUUUUCCUCUUAUGCUGAGCCGCCUUGUGGGACAGUCGGAGGCAUCAUGGCGGAUCUGCCCAUCGCGCCGGGCGAGGUCUACAUCGAAGUCGAGUACGACUAUGAGUACAAGUCCAAGGACCGUGUCAUCACUAUUCGGGAAGGGGAAUGUUACAUGCUGAUCAAGAAAUCUAACGAGGACUGGUGGCAGGUGAGGAAAGACGAAACCGCAAAGCCGUUUUACGUACCGGCUCAGUAUGUGCGUGAGGUGCGGAAAGCCCUCAUGCCGCCACCGAAACCCAUCUCACACUCCCACACUGCAUCUGGAAACUCCAACCCGCGCAGCGCUGCUGCCCUCUGGGUGAAACCAACGACUCUGGACCUGGGGAACCAAGUCACUGACGCCCUUCACCGACAUGAGUCCAAAAACCGGCGCUCUCCUUCCGCGCAAACUGCCUCUUCAUCCCACUUCAGUCCCCCGAUCAACCGCAGGAACAGUAACCACCACCACACUCCCAGUACGCCCACCGAGCAGGAGCGCUGUCUUGCAGAAAUCCUUGUUCAGGGCGGCUUCCCCCAAAAAGGCUCGUCCAACACCCUGCCUCGCACCCGGGCCCGGUCGCCGGACUCGCUUAGGGUGCCGCCGGACGUCACGCAGCACUGCGACUCGGCAGGAGAGGAGAGACGCACCAACGACUCAGAGUCGGGAGAUGAACUGAGCAGCUCUUCGACUGAACAUCUCCAGACUGGAUCUACGUCGGGCCAAGGCGUCGCCGAAUCUCCGGUCUACACCAACCUCCAGGAGCUGAAAAUCAGCAAAAAGAGCCAACCGCCCCUGCCGUCCGGCUCGCCUCUUCACGUCACCGGCGACUGGGAGACGUACACGGACCACAGCGGCAGACAUUACUACUGCAACCGCUCCACCCACGAGAGGACCUGGAAGCCCCCGCGGACCAAAGAUGGCGGCGUCGGGAACGACAAACACAGCGCUGGGGAAAGCUCUGAGACUACUCCUCUCUCGCUCUCGCCGUCUUUCCUUCCCUUCCUGUCGCUGUCCGUCGGAGGACUCCAGCCUCUGUCCUCAGAGGACGCCUGCUUCAGCGCCUACUCUAGCCAGUCGGACAGCCUGUACGGCUCGCCGCUGAGCGGCUGGUCAGAGGAGAUGGACGAACACGGACACACGCUGUACGUCAGCGACUAUACGAACGAGAAGUGGUUAAAACAUGUCGAUGACCAGGGAAGGCCUUAUUACUACAGCGCUGACGGCUCCAGGUCAGAAUGGGAGCUGCCGAAGUACAACCUGUCGCCACCUCAGCCGACCGGAGACGGACCGAAGAGCCGCAGUUUGGACCGGAACAACGUCGAGCCCAUCGUCUUGACAAAAUGGAGGCACAGCGCCUACGUCCUGGAGUCGAAUGAAAAGGAAGCUCCUCAGAUCCCCAAGUCUUCCUCUUCUGACCCUGAUCUGAGCCCUACGUCUCCCCCCGCCUCUCCGUCUGAAAAGUGUGGCGUUCUGAACGUGACGAAGAUCACUGAGAACGGGAAGAGAGUGCGGAAGAACUGGACGUCCUCGUGGACAGUCCUGCAAGGUUCAUCACUGCUGUUCGCCAAAGGACAGGGAGGCGGAACGAGCUGGUUUGGUGGCAGUCAGUCCAAACCAGAGUUCACUGUGGAUCUGAGGGGAGCGUCAGUGGAAUGGGCCCCAAAGGACAAGUCCAGCAAGAAGCACGUUUUAGAGCUGAAGGUCCGUCAGGGCACGGAGCUGCUGCUCUGGUCUGAAAACGACACCGUGGUGAGCGAGUGGCUCAGAGCUCUGCAGGAAGCCAUCAGCGCACAUGCCUGGGAGUCCGACGAGGCCAUCGAGGAGGACAUGCCCGAGUCGCCCGGCGUGGAGAAGCUCGAAAAGGACAAAGACCACAGACCCCCCAAGAAAGACAAAGCCAUGAAGCCGGCGGCCAACGUUGAGGCCACCGACACCAAGAAGACCCGGCACAAGCUGAAGAAGCUGCUGAGCCGCCGGCCCACCAUGCAGUCCGUCAGGGACAAGGGAUACAUCAAAGAUCAGGUUUUCGGCUGCAGUCUGUCCAGCUUGUGUCAGCAGGAGAACACCACGGUGCCGAACUUCGUCAGGAUGUGCAUCGAUCACGUGGAGAACAACGGUCUGUAUGUAGACGGGCUGUAUAGAGUUAGCGGGAAUCUGGCGAUCAUACAGAAGCUGCGAUUUGCUGUCUGUCAUGAUGAGAAGUUGAGCCUCUCGGACUCGAAGUGGGAGGACAUCCAUGUGACGACCGGAGCCCUGAAGAUGUUCUUCAGGGAGUUACCCGAGCCGCUCUUCACCUACGCUCUGUUCCACGACUUCGUCACCGCCAUCAAAAUCUCGGACUACAGGCAGCGGGUGCAGGCCAUCAAAGAGCUGGUGCGGCAGCUGCCCAGGCCCAACCACGACACCAUGCAGGCUCUCUUCAAACACCUCAGGAAAGUGAUCGAUCAUGGUGAGGAAAACCGCAUGACCACUCAGAGCGUGGCCAUCGUCUUUGGUCCCACGCUGCUGCGGCCCGAAACGGAGACCCUGAACAUGGCUUUCAACAUGGUUUACCAGAACCAGAUAGUGGAGCUCAUAUUGCUGGAGUAUGAGAACAUUUUUGGCAGGUAGAUGCCAGAAUCGUUUCUCCUAAUUCAGAGCUCUUCCCAACCCGGCUUCGCUGCUCACUGCAAAACAUCGCAGAGCGACCAACCGACUGACCGUGUUCCUCCAGAGAAACGACCAAAUAAACUUUUGACUCUUUGCACUUUUCAGUAUCUCACUUUGUCCUGCAGCUGCAUUUGUGCCACUUCACUUCGAAGGCGACGUCUUCCUAGUCCCGUCACUGGAUUUCUUCUUAAUGUGCAACAAACUGCACAGGCUGGGCGUAAAAGGAGGAAGCAGCUUAAGUUGACUGUAUUACAGAUGAGGCGUCAGUGUUGGAGAUGUACGAUGCUGAACGGGAUCUGUACGCGCUGCGCUGUAAAUCUCAUCACUUAUACUCACUCCUGUCAUGAAUCAAAACCAGACGGUGGUUUCACCUCAGCUUGGCUUUAGAUGUUUAUCAAAUUAAGCAGAAAUAAACCAGAAAGUGAUGGAGUGGGGAGAACAUUUUUUGGCUGUUUUUAUUGUAUUUUUUUUAUUAUUAUUUUUGAAUGUUUUUUGUCUCUUUUAUUUCCCCCUGAAUGUGCUUCUCUUUAUGCUCCUGACAAACAGAAGAAAGAAUGUUCUCUGUAUUAAAUCUGUUAGAAGAAAUCAUCUCACACUACAAAAACACAAAUUCUAAACUAUUUUUGUCUACUUUCUUUUGCAAAUCUCUUAGUACACUUAAAAUAAGACAAAA